GAAGAGGUUGGUUGCUAUGGGGACGAGACGCGCAAGAUGGCGGCGGCUCGGGGGUGACCCCAACCGCGGGGAGGCGGCGCCAUGGCGAAGAAUAAGAAUGCAGGCCACAAAGGGUCUUAUGGCUACCAGAAGCUGAAAGAACGAGAACCAAGAGCUUGCAUCCGAUUCAAAUGUGCGCUCACAAACACCAUCUUAGAUAUCCUGCGCCAGAGACCAGGAUGGGUUGAAGUAAAAGAGGAGGGUGAGUGGGAUUUUUACUGGUGUGAUGUCAGCUGGCUUCGGGAGAAUUUUGACCAUACCUACAUGGAUGAACAUGUUCGUAUCUGCCACUUUCGGAACCACUACGAGCUGACUCGUAAGAAUUACAUAGUGAAGAACCUGAAGAGGUUUCGGAAGCAGAUAGAAAGAGAGGCAGGAAAGCUGGAGGCAAGAAAAUGUGACUUUUUCCCCAAGACCUUUGAGAUGCCAUCAGAGUACCACUUGUUUGUGGAAGAAUUUCGCAAGAAUCCUGGCAUCACCUGGAUUAUGAAACCAGUUGCCAGGUCACAAGGGAGAGGCAUUUUUCUGUUCCGAAAACUCAAGGAUGUCAUUGACUGGAGGAAGGAUGGGGUCCGUACAGAUGAUCAGAAAGAUGAAACUCAAGUAGAGAAUUAUGUAGCUCAGUGCUAUAUUGAAAACCCAUAUUUAAUAGGAGGUCGAAAGUUUGACUUGAGAGUUUAUGUUCUAGUGAUGUCUUACAUUCCACUGAAGGCCUGGUUAUACCGGGACGGCUUUGCUCGCUUCUCCAACACACGCUUCACUCUGAGUAGCAUAGAUGAUCAUUAUGUGCAUCUCACCAAUGUAGCAGUGCAGAAGACUGCACCUGACUACGAUCCAGAGAAGGGCUGCAAGUGGAUGAUUCAGCGAUUCCGACAGUACAUGACUGCCAAGCAUGGGGCAGAAGUGGUGGAGACUCUCUUUGCAGAAAUGGACAACAUUUUCAUCAAGAGCCUACAGAGUGUUCAGAAAGUGAUCAUCAGCGACAAACAUUGUUUUGAACUGUAUGGAUACGACAUCCUGAUAGACCAGGAUCUCAAGCCCUGGCUUCUUGAGGUUAAUGCUUCUCCCUCACUCACUGCCAGUAGUCAGGAGGACUAUGAGCUCAAAUGUUGCCUUCUCAAGGACACAUUGCAUAUUGUGGACAUGGAGGGCAGGCUGACGGGGAAGGAGAAGCGUAUUGGGGGCUUUGACCUGAUGUGGAAUGAUGGUCCAGUCAGUAGAGCAGAAGGGAACGUGGAUACACCAGUAAAUGGAAGCUUCAUGGCAAACACACAUUUAGGCUACAAUAAUGACAGGAAAAAACAACUGAAACAGCUCUUCAAACCUCUUCAUACCCAGCAGAAAGUUUAAUGCUGAUCCAGAGCAUCAGGAAAGAGAAGUCACUGAGGACUGAGCUCUUUCACUCCCUCUUCCUCCUAUUGUGGAGCUGCAGUUCUCAUUUGUCUCUGGACAGUUUUGCUGCCUCAGCAUAGGACUGCUGGCUAUUUCUUGGUUCCUUAAGAUUUUCCCUGCAUGGGAACCUUAGUUAACAAAUGAAUCCUGUUCAUAAGCCAGAGCAACAAUAGAUGUGGGUUGGCUUUUAACUUGGACAUGAUGCAAUCAGGUAUUUUGGUUAUGUUCCGUUGUGAUUGACCAGUUCUUCAGUAAAGAAUUAAUCUGUUUUGUUCCACAGCAUAGGCUGUAGCAAGGCUGUCAACUGGCUACUACAUAUGACUAUAGAUCAGCGGUACACUCCACAUUGCAGACAAAAAGCACUCCUAUCCAUCACUUUGACUCUGUCUAUGUAGCAAUGGGUAUGAAUAAAAUAUUUAAUGCCUCA